AUGGAGCCCAGCAUUGCCUCCCCUGGUAAGCGCAGAAACCUGGGCUUUUUCAAACCCAAGCUGUACAUCCAGGAGCGGCGCCGCACCGAUACUAUCAUUACCGGGACUGCGGCUGCUAACGACGAAGAGAGAUGCGGCACUUUGAGGAGGACUCAGUCUGAUCGCACAGAGUACAGUCACAAACUGAAAGCUAAGAUGACUCCCCAUGCCAUUCCUGAAGCUCCAGUGACCCCAAAUCUGGAUCCAGAGGAGCAGAGGCAGCACAUGAUGGGCAGGAGGUUAAAAGUCAUCAAAGAGCUCGUAGAGACUGAGAAAGAUCACUUCAAUGACCUGGACUUGUGCAUCACACAAGUAGUUCAACCACUGAGAGAGAAAAAGGUGGAGUGUCUUGAUGUCGAUGGGUUGUUCAGCAACAUUGAAUCAGUUCAUCAGAUAUCUGCCAAGCUGUUGUCCAUGUUAGAAUAUGCCAUUGCUGAAGAUGAGCCAGAGAUGCAAAUGAUUGAUUGCAGACGCCGAGCUGUCUGUGUUGCAGGGGAUUGUGUGGAGGAGCGCUCCCUGCUGGGGUUAGAGACAGACAGAGUUACUCUCCUAUCUGACACAGCCACCUUCACCCUCAAAACACUGAGCUGGCUCUCCAAAAAGAAAUGCAGCAAAUCCAGCGAGGCGCUUCACGGCGAGAGAUGGCCACAAGCUCCCCAGCAGACUGAAGAUGACAGGGCUAAGCUCUUGGCAACACACAGCCCUGACAAACUUUUUCAAGCAAAGCGAAAAUUCAAUGCUGCCCAAGAUUUAGAUGCAUCUCUUCAUGAGGGGGAAAUCGUGGCAGUUCUUGAGAAACAGGACCCUCUAGGGAGUGUGAACAGGUGGCUCAUUGAUACAGGAGUGAUGCAAGGCUAUGUGUAUUCCUCAUUUCUGAGACCAUACAAUCCUGCCACUGGCCAGAGUGGAGUGUCAACAGAUGGAUCAGUGCUUGAUGAGGAUUUUGAUGACAUUAGCCUGUUUGUAUCUUCACCCUGCGGAGAUACCAAUAAUGCAAGGAAUCUGCACUUUAAUGCCAGCGAUGGUGGGGACCCUCUCAACGAUUCUCAGGAAAUGUCUACACCAGAGACAUCGUCUGUUAAUGGAAAUGAUGACACCUCAAGUGACCUAGAAGAGCAGCAGAUCUUUUAUGCCGUUUAUCCUUUUGAAGCACGGAGUAAAUAUGAACUCAGCCUUCAGGAAUAUGAGCGAGUGACAAUCGUGAAAUCCAGUGACUUGAGUGGGAAUCCAGAUUGGUGGUUGGCAGAAGUUAAAGGGAAACGGGGCUAUGUCCCUGCUAACUAUCUGGGAAGGAUGACCUAUGCAUGAAGACACAGCUUGUGACAACCUUUAAAGAAACUCUUGAGUGGAAAGUCAUGUUCUUGUAGUUGCUCCCCCAUGUUUACUAGAUCAUGGCAAAGGAGUUAAGUCUGCUUAUUUUAAACUCUGUCCUAGGAUGUGGGCAUUGUGGCUGGCCAGCAUGUAUU